AUGAAUGUUGCAAUAAAAGUUUUGAAAUUGCAAGUGGAAGGGGCAUUCAAGAUUUUUGUUGUAGAGUGUGAGGUACUUCGAAAUACUCAUAACGGAAAUCUUAUCAAAAUCAUCAGCAUUUGUAGCAACAUUGAAUUCAAGGCCCUUGUUUUGGAAUACAUGCCUAAUGGAAACUUGGAGAAGUGGUUGUAUUCUCAUAAUCACUAUUUGAAUAUCUUACAAAGGCUAAAUAUAAUGGUAGAUGUGCCAUCAGCACUAGAAUACCUCCAUUAUGGCUAUUCAACAACUAUUCUUCGUUGUGAUUUGAAGCCUAGCAACAUCUUACUAGACGAAGAUUUGGUUGCACAAGUUGCUGAUUUUGGCAUGGCCAAACUCUUAGGCGAUGGAGAUUCUAUGAUGUGA